AUGGAUCUUGACAACGUGGUUCUUGAUGAUGAUGUGUUGCUCGGAGAUGGUGUAGCCGCUUCCGUGCCGCCUCCCCUGCUGGUGUCGGCGCCCGUGUUGGACCUUGCGAUGCAUCCAACACUUCCGUUAUUUGUUGCUGGUCUGGUGACAGGUGAUGUAGAGAUACACGAAUAUUGUGGGGCAGAGACUCGUCAUCGUCCGACAUCGCAGCAGUACUUUACAGACAUGGACACCACACAUGCGUUUAGCCCUUACAAUAUUCGUAUGCACCCUCGUGGGGGUGUGACGUCUAUGGAAUUCACAGAAGACGGGAAAUAUCUUGUUUCGGUGAGCAGCGACCGCACAAUUAGUGUGUUUGACUGUGUGACUGAAAAGAUGGCGUUGCAUAUUGCUGCAAAAGAGUCUGACACGUCCGCAGGGGCACCGGCAAAGGCAAAGGUCAAGGAAACAAAAGAAAGAGAGACAAAAGCGAAGAAUAAGGUGGGGCAAAAUGACAAUCUUGUUAAGUCUAAAAAGAAAAAGAAUCCCCAUAAAUUUGGCAUAUCCGCGGUUAACGUGUGUGAUGCAAACACAAUAGCCACGGGUGAUGAUGACGGCAUGAUUGUGCUGUGGGAUAUGAGGAAGCGGAAGGCUGCUCAUCAUUACCACGAACAUGGCGACUACGUUUCACAAAUGGUCUACUUUUCAGACAUUGAGGAACUUGUAUCGAGUAGCGGUGAUACCUGUCUAGGGGUGUUCGAUAUGCGUGCUGGAAAAAUUCGUGAUUACAGUGAGAAACGUAAGGAUGAGUUGAAUUGUUUUGCGUUUGUAAAUAACACAGCAAGCAAUAGAAAUACCUUCAUCCCGAGCAUCAUAUGUGGUACACCGAAGGGCUGCCUGCCUGUGUGGAAGUUUGGCUCGUGGCGCCGUCCGUACGAUAUGAUGGAUCGGCACCCCGCAGAAUGUGAAAGCAUCAUUUCGUUUAACAACCCUGAUAGCCCCUUUAACCACAAUAUUAUUCUCACUGGCGCGUGUGACGGCCUUGUACGUGUCCUUGAAAUGUACCCUGUUCGCCGUAAUCUCUGUCAACUGAGUGCGAGGGAUUUCACUUAUUCGCAUCAGAGUGCACUUGGCUGUGGUGGUAGCAGCAAUAGUUACGCGAACACGGCGGUCCGACGACAGAGGGGCAACCAAGGGAUUAGCCGAAUGCGUUUAAGCUUUGAUUCAUCCCUACUAGCCGUCUGUGGGACCGACAACAUCAUCGACUUUGUUGAUGUUGCAUUUCUUUCAAAUGAGAAAGAGCUGAAUAAACUUCGGUCACAAACGGAGCAGCGGCAUUUGGAGGUCCUGAAGGAAGUAGAAGAGGAACGGAAUAAGGAGGCGGAAGAAGAUAGUGACAGUGGUAGUGAUGGCAGCAGCAGCGCGGAGGGUGUCGUCUCGGUGGAAGACACCGUUGGCAAAAAGAGAGGGAGGGAUGCAGAAAAAACAGAACUGGAGAGUAACGUUGGUCGUGGGGACGGUGUUGACGAAGAGGAAGCAGAUGUCGAGGUUAAGACGGAAAGGCAGAAGAGACGUGAAAGAGUUGCUGCUGCUAAGUGGUUGAAAGUGGAAAAGAAGAAGAAAGUUAAUUUCACGUUUGAGAAGCGAAGACGACGUGUUCACGGUUUCUUUGGCGAUCUUAAUUCCUGA